AUGCCUCUCUCCUCCAAGAACCUUCUCUUUCUCCUUAUUUCCUUCUCUCUCUUCAUCCCCACCAGCUCAUCCAAUCCGUCCAUCGGCAUCACCUACUCCCGAAACCCCACCUCCAAUCUCCCCCGCCCUGAGCAGGUCGUCUCCACCCUGCAAUCCCUCGGUGUGGCCUGCGUUCGAGUCCUUGAUCCCGAUCCCAACAUCAUCCGCGCCUUCUCCGAUUCGGGCAUCUCCCUUCUCCUCUCCAUUCCAAACACUUUCAUCCAUGCGAUUGCGGCCAACAGAACCGAUGCCUUCCAAUGGCUCUAUAGCCAUAUCAUCCCCUUCUACCCCCGGGCCCACAUCACCACCAUCUCCGUUGGCAAUGAUGUCCUUUCCUACUCCCCUGAUCUCUCUACCUCUCUGCUACACGCCAUGCAGAAUGUCCAUCUUGCCCUCCGCAAGCUCAGGAUCCACAAGAUCUCGGUCUCAACUACACUUUCCUUCGACAUCAUCACAAACCCAUUCCCACCCUCAGCCGCUAAAUUCCAAAAACCCGCUGCGGAAUGGAUCAUGAAGCCAAUCCUGGAUUUCAUCUCCACCAAAAACUCGCCGUUCUUGAUCAACGCCUACCCAUACAAGCUGUACAGAUCAUACCCAGAGGUCCCGAUCGGAUAUGCUCUGUUUCAACGGCAUCCCUUCAAUUACCGCGACGACCCAAGGACGGGCGUCCGGUACCAGAACCUGUUCGAUGUAAUGGUUGAUGCCGUGAUCAGUGCGAUGGCAGCGAUGGGCCACAAGGGCAUACCUGUGAUCGUGACAGAAACGGGGUGGCCCAGCGAUGGGGAUGUGAAUGAGGGGGACGCGAACAAACAGUUUGCGAGAAUGUAUAACGUGGGUUUGGUGAGGCAUCUAAGGUCGGGCAAUGGGACGCCGCUGUUGAGGGAAGGGCCCACAGAGACUUACAUAUAUGAGCUGUUCGAUGAGGACAUGAAGCAAGGGCCGGGAUCAGAUUGGCAUUGGGGUAUUUUGAAUCUGAACAUGACGAAGAAGUACCCGAUUCAUUUCUCUGGUUCAGAUCGAUACUGCGUGACCUGUUUGCUGCAGAUAGUAGCGAGUGUUUGUUUGAUGUUUGUGUUCUUGUUGUAGGAUGAUCUGUGGUUAGUCCUUGUGGUAU